AUGGCACGUCUAACCUCCCAACAACGUGAACAAUCCAUCGGACGAAUACAUGUCGGACAACGUGUUCAAGUCAUUCCCAAUACAUUUAACUGUAGUAUACUAACCAUUGAGAGACUUUGGAUUCGUUACAACACCAUCAACAGUACUGAUGACCGUCCACGUAGUGGUCCUACCCGAGUAACAACACCAAGACGAGAUCGAUAUAUCCUGCGGCAACAUCUGCAUGACAGAUUCACCACAGACAGCUCAUGCAACGAUAAAGAAAACCAACACACAGGGCCUUUAAAGAGAAACAAUGAGAGUUCUGAAAAGGAAGAACUGAUACCGAUGUGUCCCUUUGCCGCCCUUAGUCAAGAAAUUGGUCGCAAAGAGAGGAAUAUAGUUGAAAAUCCAAAAUCACCAGAUGAGGUCAGUUCUCCCACAACAGAAAACAAAACUAUCGAUUUAAAAUUGAUGAAUGAAGAAGAAACCGGGAAUCAAACAAUAAUAAACAACGAUAAAUCCAAGCCUGAUACAAUACCUUUCAGGGAGAAUAGUGGAAGUUCGGGAAUGGAAGGGUUUACCUGUCCCUUUGCAGCCCUUAGUCAAGGAAUGACUGUAAAGGAAAGAGAUCUUCUCUUCUCUAAAUUUGAUCACAAAGCGUCAACUGAAGAUUCAGAAUUACAAUUUCAUCUGACCAGAGAUCGUCCUCCUACACCAUUUAGAAGAGAUCGUACCCUAAUAUCAAAAUCCGAUGAUUCCACGAAACCCAAUGGCAAUAAUUCUACGUCGACUGCAAAGAAUGAAAACACAGAAAAGUUUGGCAUGAAAAGUCUUUUGUCUCCUACCUCACCAGGAACGAAAACAACUGAAGAGACAUCAAUUGCUAAAUCCCAUAAUGAAGACUCUAAGAAGCUAAAUGGGAACGCAAAUGAUGGAAAGAAUCUUAGUCGUCCUCUCUCAUUAAUUACUCAAGAUUAUUCAAAAACACAACAUCCAAGUGAAAAUGGUGUAACAAUCGUCAGUGAUAAAAGUCCAUCAUCAUUAAUCUGUGGUAUAGGUGCCCUGUACAAGACAAAUCGACCCAUUUUGCCAAAAAAAGAACGAACUAGAACAAGAAAAAAAAUUGCAAAGUGA